AUGGAGACCACUCUCACGCAUCUCAACUUGGAGCUCAGCAGUGGCAUGUGGAAGCAGCCAUCAUCGCAUGCUACUGACUCGCUCACUGAUGAAAGCCAUUGUGCGGGGCUAUGCAGCCAUUUUCCAAGAAAAGAGUCACCUACACCCACAUCUAGCACUAGCAACACAGAGUGGUUGCCUCGCAUAAUGGGCAUGAGCGAUGUGCUUCGAUCGCACGUGUCGCCACUGACGGCAAAGAGUUUUACGCGUCUACCAUCCAUAGGCGUCAUGAUUAAUCGUGACGCGAGUCCAAUGAGUCUCAUUCCUGUCCAGACACCCGCUAUGCAUGUUAACAAGCAGCGACAGGACACUAAAAUGACCUCGCUGCGUCAUCCUGAGCUAAAGCCCAGCAAUGUGCUGGCUAACGUCGCUGUCCGUGGGCUGACAGAGCAGCAGAUUUGCAAGGUUUGGCCGGCACUAAACCGCUCUACCAGCAGUGACAAGAGCAAACGCACCAGCAACGCCAAGCUCUGUGGUAUGGCGAAGUGCAACAAGCGCACCAAGGCUGGUGGCUUUUGCAUCGCGCAUGGUGGUGGUCUUCGCUGCUCGAAAGCGGGUUGCACCAAGCACGCAGUGAGUCUUGGACUGUGCAUCAGUCACGGCGGGGGAAAGCGCUGCACUAUGAAAGGGUGCCUCAAUGCGUCACGCAAAAAUGGCGUGUGCUGGACCCAUGGCGGUAAACGUAUGUGCAAGAUCGAGGGCUGUAACAAGGGCCCCAAGUCUGGCGGUUACUGUUGGAGUCACGGUGGUAAGAUGAGGAAAUAA